UUGCGUUUUAAAAAUGUUUCUACCGUGAGCGAUAUACAGGGUACUACGAAGAUAAUUGAGUAUGAUAAAAUAAAUUUUGGUAAUAUUUCUCAGGGAGAAAAGGACAACGUUUAUAGUCUUUUAAAAGAGUAUAUUGACACGAUCGCAUUUACUUUAAAGGAUUUCGAAAAACCAAUUUAGUAGAAAUGAGUAUUAAAUGUAAAACGGAGGAACCAGUCAUUUAUAACCCAUAUCACAUGUCAAUUCAAGAAAAAAAUAUUUUAAAUGAUUUGUUGCAAGAGUUACUCAUUAAUGGUAUCGUACGUGAAUCUAGCUCUCAAUAUGCUAGUCUUGUUAAAAAGAAAACAGCUGCAUCGGCAGGCGUUGCUGAAAACAAAUGGGAUACGUUUGUCAAACCGGUGCAAUAUGCGAUGAACACAACUUUUAAUGCUGCAAUUGGAAUGACUGCAAUGGAGUUAUUGGCUGGAUUCAAGGUACAUAGCCUAUCCGAAGGCAAUGUUUUGAGUGCAGUGAAACGAGAGGUAGAGCGGUGA